GUGCAGGGGCAGGGCAUGCGCCAUCUGGGCAGUGUGGAGGUGAGGAGCGAGGACAAAGCCUGUGUGUGGAGAGGCCUUGCAGGUGUCAGCAGCGUGGCGCCGGCGUGGUGGGGAGGAGCGUGGCGUUGGCGUGGUGGGGAGGAGCGUGGCGCCGGCGUGGUGGGGAGGAGCUGUGGGGUGGCAACCCAGAGGCAAGGAGGUGGGCAGAGGCCCCCGGAACUGGCCCUACCCCUCAGCCCAGCCCCAGGUCACAGCACAGCUCUCCCCUGGCUGCCUCCAAGGAGUCCCCAGCUACUGAGUGGCCACUCCACGCCAGCUCAGCCCACAUGUCACCUUCCCAGUGCCUGUGGAGGCCCAACCAGGGUGACGCUGGGAGAGGAAAGGGCUUGGAGGAGCCACAGGUCAAAUGCAGGAGGCCACACCUGCCUGCCCAGGAGGACAGCAGGAGCCAGGUCCUUAACACCUGGAGGGGAGCAGGGGGGCAACAACGCCGGCCACACAGUGGUGGUGGAUGGGAAGGAGUAUGACUUCCACCUACUGCCCAGCGGCAUUAUCAACACCAAGGCUGUGUCCUUCAUUGGCAACGGGGUGGUCAUCCAUUUGCCGGGCUUGUUUGAAGAAGCAGAGAAGAAUGAAAAGAAAGGCCUGAAGGACUGGGAGAAGAGGCUCAUCAUCUCUGACAGAGCCCACCUUGUGUUCGAUUUUCACCAGGCUGUCGAUGGACUUCAGGAAGUGCAGCGCCAGGCACAAGAGGGGAAGAAUAUAGGCACCACCAAGAAGGGAAUCGGACCCACCUACUCUUCCAAAGCUGCCCGGACGGGCCUCCGCAUCUGUGACCUCCUGUCAGAUUUCGAUGAGUUUUCCUCCAGAUUCAAGAACCUGGCCCACCAGCACCAGUCGAUGUUCCCCACCCUGGAAAUAGACAUUGAAGGCCAACUCAAAAGGCUCAAGGGCUUUGCUGAGCGGAUCAGACCCAUGGUCCGAGAUGGCGUUUACUUUAUGUAUGAGGCCCUCCAUGGCCCCUCCAAGAAGAUCCUGGUGGAGGGUGCCAACGCCGCCCUCCUCGACAUUGACUUCGGGACCUACCCCUUUGUGACUUCAUCCAACUGCACAGUGGGCGGCGUGUGCACAGGCCUGGGCAUUCCCCCGCAGAACAUAGGUGACGUGUAUGGUGUGGUGAAGGCCUAUACCACACGCGUGGGCAUCGGGGCCUUCCCCACCGAACAGAUCAACGAGAUUGGAGACCUGCUGCAGACCCGCGGCCACGAGUGGGGGGUGACCACAGGCAGGAAGAGGCGCUGUGGCUGGCUCGACCUGAUGAUUCUGAGAUAUGCUCACAUGGUCAAUGGAUUCACUGCGCUGGCCCUGACGAAGCUGGACAUCCUGGACGUACUGGGUGAGAUUAAAGUCGGCAUCUCAUACAAGCUGAAUGGGAAGAGGAUUCCCUAUUUCCCAGCUAACCAGGAGAUGCUUCAGAAGGUCGAAGUCGAAUAUGAAACGCUGCCUGGCUGGAAAGCAGACACCACAGGCGCCAGGAGGUGGGAGGACCUGCCCCCGCAGGCCCAGAACUACAUCCGCUUUGUGGAGAAUCACGUGGGAGUCGCAGUCAAAUGGGUUGGUGUUGGCAAGUCAAGAGAGUCCAUGAUCCAGCUGUUUUAGUCUCAGACUGAGCUGAUCCCAACAGACCUGGCAGUGUCUGGACUUGUGUAAACAGCAGCAAUCACGUUCCUCGGCAGCCACAACCAACACCAAAGCCGGAAAACCGUUUUCUGUACUUCUCUAUUUCUGUUCAACCUGUUGGUUUCUACAAUGAUUUUAAACAUUGGAAAGCCAGCCUUGUGUAUAUUUUUUAAAAUUCUGCUAUUUAAAAUGAGCCAAAGUGCUCAAAGCAGAGACCUUCUAUGACAUAUUAGUGUCACAUGGUUGCGUGUCCAGCUGAAGCAGUGUCAUAAUAAACAUCUCCAAUGGCCACUGAA